AUGUCGCGCCUCUACCUUCGGCUGCCCAACCUGCCGUCGUUCCACCAUGCCAUCACCUCGUUCCUCGGGUUCAUGGAUCUCAAGAUCGGCGCUACCAUCCUCACCCUCUUCGCGCUCUUCAACAAGACCGCCGGCAUCUACGGCAUCCUUGCCGUCUUCCAGGGCGGCACCUUCUCCCAAGUCGCGCUCUACCUCUACUCAAUAGCCACGAUCGUCAUCUUCCUCUGGGGCCUCAAGGGCAUCUCGGACGAGGAUGCGCAGCACGUGCUCACCUACGCACACCUCUUCACCGCCGACCACAUGAUCUCGACGUUUUGGACGCUCCUCUUCACCUUCAACUGGUUCUACUUUACGCCUCACGAUGGCCGUCCCAGCGCCAACCAGUCGUCGCACCAGACGGGGCUCAUGGACCUCAUCGAGUCCAUCGAGGCGCAGUACAGGACGCCAGAGCAGAUGGCGCAGCUCCACCACGACAAGCUCACGCCAGAGCAGCGCGUCAGCAGCGCGCAGCGCAUCUGGAAGGAGGAGAAGGACUUCUCCGCCGGCGUGCUCACCCUCGGCUGGAUCGUCAAGCUCUACUUUGCCCUCGUCCUCUACUCGUACGCGCUCCACCUCCGCCACGGCACCUACCGUACCCUGCCCCUCUCCAAGGCCUCGGCAGCUUCGGCUACGCAGCGCUCGGGUGCCGGCCGCUCCGAGUACCGCUAUCAUCCUGUUGUUGGCGACGACGAGCUCGAGAGCUGGAGCGACGACGAUGCCGACGCCGACGCUCAGUCCAACCGCAAAGCAGCCGAAUCUACAGGCGCUGCUGCAUCGAAUCCACAGGCCGGUACAAGCACCGGCGGUGCGAGGGCCGUCAUGGACCGUCUUGCCGCUUGA